AGACGUGGAAAUACCAUGCCAGAGACGACGACGAGAACAGCAACGAAUCCGAACCAUGUGAAUCCAGAUAACUUCCCAGACAAUAGAACCGAAUCGGAGCAACAGAGUCGAGCACAGAACUUCUCAUUUUCAAGCAACUAUCCCUAUGCACCAGGACGGAGCUCCAAUAUCAAUAAUAUCAACAACUACACAACUUCUAACAACUCGCAAACAAACUACCACGUGCAGCGCUAUCAGAGUCCUUAUAACUUUCAGCAUAUUGUGAGCAACGCAUUUUCAAUAUUGCAUCAUCCCUCGGUGGAACUUUUUGACUACUCCACCACCUCAACGAGCAAUCCCAGCAAUCCCAGCAAGCCCAAUCAAGCCAUUGUGCGUCCUCUACCACGAACCGAAACUGCUCAGCCGCAAGAGCAACAGCCAACGCAACCGGAGCGGCAACAGCAUGUAAUACGAGAGCCACCGACCACAAGAUCCUUCUUCUCACGCAGCACUCAAGAAGUACGAAGUUUCGCCGAUGAGUUGAGGCAAAAGUUACGAUUCCUGGCGCCGGAGGAGAACUUUGCUGGUUCUGGCAAUUCCGGCGCCUGGCUACCCAAUCGACACUACGCCCUCGACAUGCCGCAACGUCCACGCUUCGAGACUACAGUGCCUACGGGCAUAUUUCUGCCACCACCGCACGAACUACAGUCGCUGCCAGCGUCAAUGCUGCGGCGUCAUGUCUAUGCCUAUUCCUCGUACCCCAUAAUCUUGCAGAGUUACUAUCAAAACAAGGAGCCCACUACCGAAAAGGACACAAAAACCCGUUUAAAUGGCGUUCGAGCUACUGCUGCAAUCGGUGCAGCAGCGCCAUUGACGACCUCCAAGACCUCCGCUGCUGCUGCUGCUGCUGCUUCUGCAGCUGCACCGUCUGUAGAGCAGGCCAAUCUAGCGGGGGGUCUUCAUAUAACCAAGGCACAGUUCCAACAGCAAUUGCAACAACGUCAACGCGACAAAAGACCCGUCGUACCGCCUCCGGAGCCCUACAAGAAUGUCAUGUACGACCGACGUGUGAUAAAGGGCAGCAACUUUGGUAACCCCUCCAUAGUGGCGGAUGUUGAUCCCUUUGACAAGGCUGCCGAAUUGAGGCGACGCAAUAUGCUAAGGAAACGUUCAAUACAGUGCAGAAAUCAGAGAAAUGUUUUGGGCACACCUCCUCCAGUCAAGGGACGAAAACAUGAGACCAUACAAACAGAGAAAUAUUUGGAGAAAUUGGUCCAAAGGCCACCAGAGUUUUCAGUUGAUACGCAAACCGAUUUGUAUCUGGAGAAACCGCCAACGCCACCAUUUAUCCCAGCCAAAGUUGGCAUCGAUGUUGGCACUGAGAUCGCUGACGGAGAGCUGUUUCACUUUGAUGCUGAAGCUCAGCCGAUCAUUGAUGUCCUGGUGGACGCCUGCAUUGAGCAGAGUAUGCUGGAGGUUGCCCAUGAAAUGGAGCUGGAUAGCUUGAGACGCAAGCAAGAAGAAUUCCUGGCUCAUCGCGAGGCGGAAUUGGCUGAGCUGCGCCGUUUGGAGGCCGAGGAAAUCCGUUUGCAGGCCGAGAAAGAGCGUCGUCUGCGUCAAGAUGCCAUUGCCAAGGAGUUGGAUGAAGAAAUGCAAAAGAGUGUGACAGCGGCCAAGUUGCUCCAGGGACACAUCGCCAGCCUGGUGCCCGAAGUCCUUGAAAACAUUGAACCAGCCAGCGAUGCGGUGAAGAAGGAGCAACUCACAAAGAGCAUUUGCCCCUGGCUCUCUGCUGAAGUAGCCGAGGAAGUCGGACACAUUGUCGACUCCCGCGAAAUUCUUACGGCCAUCAUUCAGGAGAUAAUCAAACAGCGCGCCGAGGUCUACAUAGGCUAUAAGGAUGCCGAAGUGGAACCAACACCACAGCCGACAGACGCCGGCGAAGAAGAAUGCUGCAUGGAGGAAAUGGAUGGAACAUGUCUAAGCGAGUCCGAGCUGCUUGAGUGUAGUGAACCACCGCCCGAGCCGCCGCGUAUGUGAGCGGGUAUCGAGUGAGAGAGCGCCAGAGUUUCGUUCUAGUUAAGUUUUGUUUAAAUGAGCCCAUUUUUAGGUCCGCAAUCCUUGAGAAGCUCAAGCCCGCCAUCUUUCUGCUUGUGCUUGGCAGCUGGGUUUGGUAGCACGGUUUCCCCCUCCUGCCAAGCACAAACAAAAAGCUAUGCGCCAACAAAGUUCUCAAUAUUGUUACAAGGUUUUUGUGUUUUAAAAAGCGCCGAAAAUUUUAACAAAUAAAAAA